AUGGUGAAGAAGGCCAAUGAAAAGUGGAGAAUCUGCAUUGACUUCACCGACCUGAAUAAGCCCUGUCCCAAAGACAACUUUCCUCUGCCGAGAAUCGACCAGCUCGUCGACGCAAUAGCCAGACAUGAGCUCCUAAGCUUCAUGGACACCUUCCCAGGCUAUAACCAGAUCCAGAUGGACCAGGACGACCAGGAGCAAACGACCUUUAUCACUGACUAUGGCCUAUAUUACUACAAGGUAAUGCCCUUUGAACUAAAAAACGUGGAUGCCACCUAUCAGCGGCUGGKGAAUGAGGUAUUCAAAGAACAACUCGGUAGGAAUGUGGAGGCAUAUGUCGAGGACAUGCUCAUGAAGAGCAAAAAGGCUGAACAUCACCUGGCUGACCUCUGCAAAGUCUUUGAUACACUCAGAAAGUAUGAGAUGAGUUUAAACCCAACCAAGUGCACCUUCGGGGUUGGCUCCGGCAAGUUUCUGUGGUUUAUGGUAACACAGAGAGGAAUCGAAGCAAAUCCAGAGAAGAUAAAAGCCAUCCUUGACAUGCCAUCCCCUUGGACCCACAAAGAGGUGCAACGACUCACCGGGAGAAUAGCCGCCCUUGGAAGGUUUAUGUCCAAGUCUGCGGACCGGUGCCUCCCCUUUUUCAAAGCCCUCAAAUGGCCAAAGGACUUCCACUAG